CUCUCCUCCCGGGACUCCAGGGCUGCUUCCCCUCUCCCGGCCGCGCCGGGCGUGCCAACGCUGCCCGCGCUCCAGCCACGAGUGUGCGCGGGCUGUGUGGUUACCUGUGCCUGGCAGGCGACGAGAAGGGCGAAGUGAGGAAGGCAGUGAGUGACGAAGUCCAGCAGAGAGGUCCCCACUUCCUGGGCUUUCUCGUUUUCACCUUCAUCUUAACCCUGUGGAAGGCGCAGGUGGCUUGACAGCUCUUACACUGCCUCCCUUGGCAAAGGGAGAGGGCACCUCUAGCAGUGCAUGGAGAUCACAGAAAGUUUCUGAGCCGCUCCUCCAAGCCUCUGAGCCCCUACCCCAUACCACCAGCUGGAGAGAGAGAGACCCAGCUUGCAGCCUGCAAAAGGAUGUCUUGGCCCCGUGAUGAAUAUUGUUGACCGUUAUGUAUUAGAAAGGUCCCUGGGAUUGUGCUAAAUUACUAACCUACAGAUUGGCGUUGGAACCCACCCAGUGGUACCGUGGAAGAAAGGCCUGGUGACCUGCUUCCAUAAAGAUUACGGCCAAGAAAACUCUAUGGAGUGAUUCUACGCUGUCACACAUGGGAUCACCAUGAGCAGAAUCCACUCACUGCAGCUUUUUAAAAUUUUUGUCUGUUUUUUAUGGCUUUUAUUUUUUCAAUCUUCUGCCUCUGAAGAUAAUCCCACAGGAGCAACACUCCUAGAAAACCACAGCUGCAACAGCAUUUUCUAAAGGAACACAAAAGACCUUUCUCCUGAUUCAUGGAAAAAAUAACUGCCCAUCACCACUGUCACGAGGUUCCUGUAGCCUCAGGAACUGAAGUCUAAGCAGCCAGGAGGUCCUCUGCCUCUGGAAUCAGAGGGACUUAUUAGAAGUCCCUUGUGUUAGGGUUGGGAGGGACUUUUCUGUCUGGUUUCAUAAGAUGAGAAUCCAGUCCAUUCUGGUGUUUGGAUAAAACUCCAGCUGCAAAACCGUCAGGAGCCACCUGGGACCAAGAUCAUGGGAGACCAGCUUGAACUUCUCUUUGGAGUGGUGCUCAUGGCCAUUCCUGCAUUUGGAAUUUCUUCCUGCUCCUUUGAUCGUGGGAUAGCCUUAUACCGUUUCUGCAACCUCACCACGGUUCCGCAGGUCCCCAAUAGCACUGAGAGACUCCUGCUGAGCUUCAACUAUAUCAGGACAGUCACUUCCAUGUCGUUCCCCUUCCUGGAGCAGCUGCUACUGCUAGAACUUGGGAGCCAGUUUACACCCUUGACUGUUGACAAAGAGGCCUUCAGAAACCUGCCCUAUCUUCGCAUCUUGGAUCUGGGCUAUAAUCAGAUAGACUUCUUGCAUCCAGACGCAUUUCAGGGACUGCCCCAUCUAUUUGAACUUAGAUUGUUUUACUGUGGUCUUUCAGAUGCUGUAGUCAAAGAUGGUUAUUUCAGAAAUUUAGAGUCUUUAACUCGCCUGGACCUGUCCAAAAAUCAGAUUGGUAGCCUUCACCUUCAUCCUUCUUUCCAGGAGUUGAAUUCCUUGAAGUCCAUAGACUUUUCCUUCAACCAAGUAUCCAUUGUAUGUGAGAAUGAGCUCAAGCCCCUCCAAGGGAAAAUGCUCUCCUUCUUUAGCCUUGCAACUAAUAACCUGUACAGUAGAGUCUCAGUGGACUGGGGAAAGUGCAGGAACCCAUUCAGAAACAUGACCCUAGAAACCCUAGAUGUUUCUGAUAAUGGCUGGACAGCGGCCAUCAUAGGAAACUUUAGCAAAGCCAUCAGUGGCAGCCAGAUUUUUUCCUUGGUUCUUGCCCACCACAUUAUGGGUUCUGGGUUUGGCUUCCAUAACAUCAAAGACCCUGACCAGAACACAUUUGCCGGCCUGGCCAGGAGCUCAGUGAUACACCUAGACCUUUCACAUGGAUAUAUCUUCUCCUUGAACUUCCGGCUUUUUGAGACCCUCAAGGAGUUGAAGGUUCUGAACCUUGCCCACAACAAGAUUAACAAGAUUGUAGAGGGAGCCUUUUAUGGACUCGACAGCCUCCAAGUUCUCAAUCUGUCAUAUAACCUUCUGGGGGAACUUUAUAAUUAUAAUUUCAAUGGACUACCAAAGGUAAGCUAUGUUGACCUGAAACAGAACCACAUUGGGAUCAUUCAGGACCAAACCUUCAGAUUCCUGGAAGAUUUAAAUACCUUAGAUCUCCAGGAUAACGCUCUUAAAACAAUUAAUUUUAUUCCAAGCAUACCUAAUAUCUUCUUGGGUGGCAAUAAACUCGUAACUCUGCCAAACAUAAAACUAACAGCCAACCUCAUCCAAUUAUCUGAGAACAGACUGGAAAACCUGGCUGAUCUCUACUUUCUUCUCCAAGUGCCUCAUCUUCAGUUUCUCAUUUUAAACCAAAAUCGCCUUUCCUCUUGUAGCCAAAGAUAUACCCCUGCACAGAAUCUCAGCUUAGAAAGACUUUUCCUUGGAGAAAAUAUGCUGCAACUUGCCUGGGAAAACGGGUUCUGUUGGGACGUUUUUAAGGGGCUGUCUCACCUCCAAAUACUGCAUUUGAAUGGUAACUACCUUAAUCUCCUUCCACCAGGAGUAUUUAGUGAUCUGACUGCAUUAAGGGGACUUGAUCUCAGUUUCAACAGGCUGACGGUUCUUUCUCCUGGUGAUUUACCUGUUAAUUUAAAGAUCCUGGAUGUGUCCCGGAACCAGCUCCUGUCUCCUGAUCCUAAUUUAUUUGCAUCACUUAGUGCUGUGGACAUAACCCACAACAGUUUUGUCUGUGAGUGUGAACUUAGCACUUUUAUCAGUUGGCUCAAUCAAACGAAUGUCACCCUAUUUGGGUCCCCUGAAGACAUGUCCUGCAAGUUCCCUGAGGUGGUCUCUGGGGUCCCCCUCUACUCUGUUUCCAUGGAGGAGUGUGAUGAAGAGGCAGCCUUACAGUCCCUAAAGUUUUCUCUUUUCAUCUUUUUCACUGUGAUGUUGAUACUCUUUCUCAUGACUGUCCUCAUAGUCACGAAGUUCCGGGGGUUUUGUUUUCUCUGUUAUAAGAGAGCCCAGAGACUGGUGUUCAAAGACCACCACAAGGGCCUGGAAGCUGACACAACGUACAGGUAUGAUGCUUACUUGUGCUUCAGUAGCAAAGACUUUGAAUGGGUGCAGAGCGCUUUGCUCAAGAGCCUGGACGUUCAGUACAGUGACCAAAACAGAUUCAGCCUGUGCUUUGAAGAAAGGGACUUUGUGCCGGGGGAAAACCACCUUGUCAACAUCCAAGAUGCCAUCUGGAGCAGCCGAAAGGUUGUUUGCCUCGUGAGCAGACAUUUCCUCCAAGAUGGGUGGUGCCUUGAAGCCUUCACUUAUGCCCAAGGCAGGUGCUUAUCUGACCUCAACAGCGUCCUCAUCAUGGUGGUGGUCGGGUCUCUGUCCCAAUACCAGCUGAUGAAACACCAGCCCAUCAGAGGAUUCAUACAGAAGCAGCAGUACUUGAGGUGGCCUGAGGAUCUUCAGGAUGUUGACUGGUUUCUUGAUAAACUCUCUCAACAAAUACUCAAGAAAGAAAAGGAAAAGAAGAGAGCCAAUAGCAUCGUAUUGCAAACUGUAACAACCAUCUCCUAGUCAAACGGGCAGCUUUCAACGUAUCUCAAGCCACGAAUAGUUCAUUUUGUAUUUGCACUAAGUCACCAUUUUGGGGCUGUUUUUCCUACCAGGAAAACAACAUAAAUCUCUUGAUUUUCGUAUCAACACAAUGCUUCGUCUCACUGACCUCCAAAUGGAAAAUAAUAGAUCUAACAUGCAACUGCCCUGAGGAAGUCUACUAAGGAUUCAGAAGUCCCGCUCUUCACUGAUCCCCUUUCAGACCUAACAAUGCUGUUCUCUUCUGUCGUAUCAACUACGGGAUGUCUCCUCAUUGUGGAAAGGCACCCUGGGAGACGUUACAGAUGGCUGACAUACUUCUCCAGCAUUCGAGUCAAGAACGGGCUGACCAGUGAGUCUGAGCCUUCUGUGUUCUGCAGAACAAUACAACAAAGAAACCAGACAGAAGGAGAGGCAUGUUUCCUGCCUUGGCCUUGGGAUCCUCUGCGUAAGAACAGUGCCAUCACUGGGUGCAGGAGAAGAUCAAUCUCAGGGAUAAGAGGUAGUCCCAAAGAAGCUGAGAUGAGAAUUAUUGUCAUUAACUGCCAUCAAGAAGCUGGAUGUAGUGACGACCCCACGCGCAACAAAAUGAAAUGCUCCCAGGUCUUGCGCCAUCCCCACGAUCGGCUGUGGAUCAGACAGUGUUCCUUUGUAAUCCAUAGGGUUUUCACUGGCUGAUUUUCAGGACAUCUCCAGGCCUUUCUUCCUGGUUCAUCUAAGUCUAAAAGCUGCACUGAUACCUGUCCAGCAUCACGGCAACACACACAUCUCCACUGACAGACGGGUGGUAACUGUGCAUAAAGGUGCAUUGGCCAGAAAUCGAACCUGAGUCUUCCACAUGGAAGGCGAGAAUUCUACCACCAAUGCCUUCAAUGGGAUGAGAAUAGCUAGACGUGUUGUGGUGGUACCAUAUUCCCUGUUUCUACUGUCCGCUCCUGAGAUCAGAGCAGAGCUUGCUCCCCACCUCCAUGGGCCAUGAACAUUGUUUUGUGUGCCACCUUUGUUUCAGCCUGGCAUUCCAGACCUUUUGAGAAUUUAUACCAACCUACCACCAGUCCAGCUUUAUUUCCUACCACGCUUCAUUUUAUCAACCACUGAGACUUUUACGGAAAGAGCAUGGACUUUGGAUACAGAUUCUAGUUUGAGUUCUGAUUUUGUUGCUUGUUAGCUGGGUGACGUCAAGCAAGCUACGUAAUGCCCUCGCUGUACUUCAGGUUUCUCAUCUGCGGGGAUGCUGAUGUCUAGCUCAUAGAAUUACUGUGAAAAUUAAAUGGGUCAACGAUCUUUCCCUUGAAGUCUCCCUAAAGGCCAUGAACAUGCACACAUAUUUAGGAACCUUUUGGAAGUGGUUACAACUCUUUUGAAGUUAAGCAUGUGGAAUGACUCCUUUGGUGGACUGGUCAAUAACUCAUGGCUUUGUCAACAUGCAGACUGGAUUCAAAUCCUGGUUCCAUCAUGUCCCAGCCGUGUGACCUUAGGCAAGUUACUUAACCUUCCCGAGCCCUUUUCUGCAUCUAUCAAAUGGGAGGAUUCCAUUUUUAACCUUAUUUCAGGUUUGUGGAGAGGAUAAAUGAAAUAGAUAUGUUGUGGUUGUUAGAUACCAUUGAACUUGCUCUGAACAUGGUGCUCCUGUGUGUACAGUAGAACAAAAUGUUGCCUCGUCCUGUACCAUCUUCAUGAUCAUUGGCAUGUUCAAGUCCAGCCUGACCAAUUCUGUUCUGAUUCAUGGCGUUUUCAUUGGCUUUUUUUUUUUUUUAAGUAGCUCACCAAGCCAUUCUUCCUAAUCUGUCUUUGGCAGCUCCGCUGAAACCUGUCCGCCAGAGGGGACCUUACUGGUAUCUGAAAUACUAGUGGCAUAGUUUCCAGAAUCAUAGCACCAUGCAAGCCACCACAGUACAACACACUGACAGACGGGUAGUGGAGAUAGAUAUAUACACAUAUACAUAUACAUGUAUACACAAAACUAACAUAACACUACAUAUUACACGUCAGUACUGUGUCUGAGGCACAGAGUGAACUUAGUAAACAUUAUUUCCCCUCUUUCUUGGAAGAGCCACAGGAAUUUCAGCUGGAAAAUAUAUAUUUUUAAAUGUUUAUUGAAUGAAUGGCUAGAUGAAUUCCUUGUAGUCUACUACAUUGCCUUGUACAUCAUAAGCUCCCAAUAAAUAUGUAUUGACUGAUUAAUGUUAUAUGUAUGUAUUUUUAAUUUUAAACUGUCUUUGUAGUCAAUAGUACUUCCUGAAAAUAAUUAAGAAUAAUGGAAACCUCCCCAGAUCUACAUUUCCAGCAGGGACUUGGAAAUUUGUGGUCACAAUGUGCCUCCCGCCCCACAGUGGGGGAGUCCUGGCUCCCUCCCUUGCGGCCUCUCAGCCUGGUGGAAUAGGAGUACAGGACAGCUCUGGCUCUGAAAUGAGAGCCGUUCCCAACCCUCAGGCAGAGAAAGGCCAGUCUGGGAACUAUGGAACCAGUCUUGACCAGCUCUGCUGGGAAAUAGUAGAAAAGUCACUUGGAAUCUUAGGGUUCUCACCUAUAAAAUAUGUGUGGGUGUGUGAUUGUGUGUACAUGUGAAAUUAGUUUGAGAAAACUAAUGAAAAAGUACUUUUGAGAAAUAAAAUGUUUCCAUAAAUGCACUUACUGAAGCCCUUACUGAUGAAGAUCAAAGAGUACAGCCUUCAGUGUGGAUUGCACCUCAACAUAAAGCAAAAAUCCUCACAACUAGACCAAUAAGCAAAAUCAUGAUAAGUGGAGAAAAGAUUGAAGUUUUCAAGGACUUCAUUUUAUUUGGAUCCACAAUCAACGCCCAUGGAAGCAACAACCAAGAAAUCAAAAGACGCAUUGCAUUGGGCAAACCUGCUGCAAAAGACCUCUUCAAAGUGUUGAAAAGCAAAGAUGCCACUUUGGGGACUGACCUGUGCCUGACUCAGGCCAUGGUGUUUUUCACUUGCCCUAUAUGCAUGUGAAAGCUGGGCAAUGAAUAUGGAAGACAGAAGAAGAAUUGAUGCCUUUGAAUUAUGGCAUUGGCAAAGAAUAUUGAAUAUACCAUGGAUUGCCAAAAGAGCAAACAAAUCUGGCUUGUAAGAAGUACAACCAGAGUGCUUCUUGGAAACGAGGAUGACAAGGCUUUGUGGUACAUGUUCUUUGAACGUGUUAUCAGGAGGGACCAGCCACUGGAGAAGGACAUCAUGCUUGAUAGAGUAGGGAGUCAGUGAAAAAGAGGAAGACCCUCAAUGAGAUGGAUUGACACAGUGGCUGCAACAAUAGGCUCAAGCAGAACAAUGACUGUGAGCAUGGCGCAGGACCGGGCACUGUUUAAUUCUGUUGUACAUGGGGUCGCUAUGAGUCAGAACUGACUUGAUGGCACCUAACAACAACAACAUAAAUGCAAAGGGGACAGUGGUGGCUCAGUGGUAGAAUUCUCCCCUUUUUUAAAUCAGCCAAUGAAAACCCUAAGGAUGACAACGUUCCAAUUCCCUUUUGCAUGGGGUUGCCAUGAGUUGGGGGUGACUUGGUGGCAGCUAACAACAACAACAGAAAUACAAAAGAUUUUUUUAGCUUGCUCCCAUAUGAUUGUUAUUGUCUUUACCAAAACCAAACCAAACCCAGUGCCGUUGAGUUGAUUCCGACUCAUAGCGACCCUAUAGGACAGAGUAGAACUGCCCCAUAGAGUUUCCAAGGAGCACCUGGUGGAUUUGAACUGCCGACCCUUGGGUUAGCAGCCGUAGCACUUAACCACUACACCUCCAGGGUUUCCUUGUUGUUGUGUUGUUGUUAGGUGCUGUCAAAUCAGUUCCAGCUCAUAGCGACCGUACAGGACAAAGUAGAACUGCCCCAUAGGGUUUCCAAUGAGCAGCUGGUGGAUUCGAACUGCUGACCUUUUGGUUAACAGCCAUAGCUUUUAACCACUGAGCCACCAGGGCUCCAAUUAGAGCCAAGAACACCCUAUGGAGCUCUGUUCUACCCUGAAGCACGUGGAGUCACCACGACUCCAUCGACUCAACAGCAAUGGGAAAAUGUGUUAUGUAUGUGUACAGGAUGACCUAGUCUAUGAGCCCCCUAAUGGCAGGGACUGUAUCUUUUUCAUCUUUGUAUCCCAGGGACCAGUACAGUGCCUGGCCCAUAAUACAUGCUUAAUAAAUGCCUGGUGGCUGAAUGAAGUGCACUGUCAAAGCCAGCCUCCCUAGCGUCACUGCCUGUUUCUGUUAACUCUCAUGGGAGAGGACGGGCAGGGCAGCGGACUGAUACAGGCGCUGAGUGGUGAGCUGAGGAGGGCGGGAGGCCACAGGCCCUAAGAAACCCACUGGACUUCAUUUCCAACAACCGGCACAGCAUGGAGCUCCUGGGUGACGGGACACUUGCAGCUUAGACUCCAAACCCGUUGUCAUCCAGUCGAUUCCGACUCAUAGCGACCCUAUAGGACAGAGCAGAACUGCCCCCUAGGGUUUCCAAGGCUGUAAAUCUUUAUGGGAGCAGACUGCCACAUCUUUCUGGAGUGGCUGGUGGGUUUGAACCACCGACCUUUCGGCUAGCAGCCGAGCGCUUAACCACAAAAAUUGGGCUGGAAUGGAAAGAUGGGGAAGAAAAAUAAGGUGAAGAAGGUUCUCUUGACCCUUGUAGUAAGAAGUACUCUUAAAAAAAAAAAAAAAAUGCAAUGCUGCUAGUAACAGUUACAGCCACAGAUGGAAAGGCCUAUAGAAAGGCGGCUCUGUCUCAGUUCAGCCUGUUCGCCACUCCUGCUGAUCCACCAUCGUUCCCCCAAACUGCAUCUUCAGCCCUGGGCACGGGGGCCCAUGGGAGCGGUCGGCCUUGACCUAAUGAAACCUCCUCAUCAGACCCUCUUUUAAGAACAUGACUCCUGACAAGAGGCAUUUCCUGGUUCUGACUCCAGUGGGAGGGGGUUAUGCUACACCAGGUCCCUGCCCCCUUGCUUUGGGUGACCAUCCCCAUGACUAAUUUUUAAACCAGACCUGGGCUGUGUAAAAUGCCAAGUGUAUUUAUAGGAACAACAAAUUGGGACACAGAUGACCCUCAAUACUUGAAUUGAUUCCACAGCUUUUUCUAAUCCUCUUACUUCAAAAACACAAACAGGAAAUAUUGCUAAUGAAACAUUCAAAAACCACCUUUCAUCGUUUUUAUGGAGUCUGUGGGGGAGUCGUUCACAGCACACAUGCCAGCGCCUGCUGAAUUCAACUUGCCACUCUAGUGUCUUCCAGAACUUUUAUUGCAGAGAGCCCAAACUUCCUCAAAUUCUCGUCAUUUAUCUUCUCUUUCAUCACCAGGCCCAGCAGCUAAGAUUCUUUUGGAGGCCAUUUUCCAAAGUCACAAUUUCCAAAGCACUUCACAAGCGCUUCCGUUUCCCAAAGCACUUCACCAGAGUUGCUGCAUAUCUGACUAGAGGAAAGACCACCAGAGCCCAGGUGAGGCGGCGGUCUGGGUGGUCAGCUGAGAUUCCCACUCGCUAAGCUGCUGGCUUCUGCGCUCCACAUCACUGCAACUCAAAGUCGGGUCUCGGCGUAUGCAUAAACUCCACGCAUCACUCAAAAAUAGCAGGAAAUACUACUAUUAAAUCUGAGAAUGGCUAGAGCUUGCUGUAUUUGAAAUCGAAACUCUUCUGAAAAGCCUGGAAUGUUGAUUGAGGCUGCUGAAAACUUCAAAGAGAAUCCCACUCAGAACCCCAGUUACAACCGACUUUAAGUAUUCCUUGUCAACCACCUGGGUCUGCAGUGAAUAACAUUUUAUAUAGUCUUGAUAUAAGGUAAAGUAAAUGUUUUAAAUUUAAAAUUCUGAAAUAGGUGGGAGGGUAGGAGAAUGUGGGGUACAAGUGGAAUACAAAUGGAGGGUCGUUACAUGCUCAUCUAUCACAAUAUAAAAUCCAUAUACACUGUCUAAGAUGUAAAAUCGAGAAAUAGCACUCUGGAUGUAUAUUUAGAAAUAGGGAAGUUGCAGAAGAAAGAGCUAGACAAAUUAAUAAUGAUUGCCCCAGGGAGUUCUGCUCAAUCUUCUCACUGGGAGCAUCUUGAGAAGCUGGACAAACUUUUUUUUUCUUUUCUUUUCAUCUAUUUAAAGACACUGGAGAACUACAAGGCAGUAAAUAAGUUUGGAGCCAAGAUUUAAGAAAAUACGAAUUCAAGAGCAAUGACUACAUUGAAAUUAAGAACUUCUGUUUGCUAAAGUAGAACGCCAAACCAAACCUGUUGCUGUUGAGCCGAUUCCAACUCGUAGUGACCGUGUAGGACGGAGUAGAACCGCCACAUAGAGUUUCCAAGGAGCUUCUGGUGGAUUCAAACUGCCAACCUUUUGAUUAACAGCCAUAGCACUUAACCACUACACCACCAGGGUUUCCUUGGUAAAGUAGAGGGUCAGCAAAAACAAGGGACACCCUCAAUGAGAUGGAUGAACACAACAGAGGCAACAAUGAGCUCAGACAUCUCAAAGAUCAAAAACAUGGUGCAGGGCUGGGCAACGUGAGUGGGAGAACAUGGUGCAGGGCUGGGCAAUGUGGGCGGGAGCACCGAGUGACAGUCCAUUUUAUCUGUAUCGGUUAUGACUCCUUUACUUCUCUGUAAGAUACUCGUCUUCAAUUAAAAAAAAAAUUAAGGAAGCAUGAAGAUUUUUUUGUUAAAGGAAUAGAAGACAAGUAAUAGUAGACCAAGCCAUGUAGAGCUAAUAUGACGCUGUCCCCGUCAAACAAAUACCUUGUCUUUGUUAGGAAUGGCACCUGGUCUGAAUGGUUUCCUUGCUCUGCCCAACCAAAAGAAGAAACCAAGAGAUUGUGCUGGGGGGCCUAGGGCAAUGCAAAGCAAGGAAACAGAGCUGUAGCCUUUUGGUGUAAGUCUUUGAUGCUACUUAAUUUUUGAUUAUGCAUUUCAUUAAUAAUACUUUAAUAAAGAGAAAAAUAAACAAUAAACAUGUAUAUUCCUAAAACUUCUGCCCUUAGCAAAAGACAGAAAAAUUCAACAGGAUUUUUAA